CCACGCGCACAGCGCGAGAGUUUCUACUACAAGAGUGGGGCGGUAUGGUGUUCAGAUGACAUGAACUUGGUAUGCUGUUUGUGUGCUUAGAGGAUCUGUUGAAUCCAUUAAUCCAUUUAGACUCUAUAAAUGGAAUUCUUGUGAGGGGAAAAAGGAUGGAAAAGUCGGACGCAUGCGAUCCAUACAGCCGACCCGCGCGCAGGACACAAUGGAUAGUGAGCACUCUGGCGUAUCAUUACGGACUAGACCGUGGAGUGGAAAACGAAAUUAUAGUCCUCGCAACCGGGCUGGAUCAAUACCUCCAAGAGAUAUUUCAUCAUCUAGACUGUCAGGGAGAUGGAAAAAUACCAGCCGAGGAUUUUAACAUUCUUUGCGAGAUUUUAGGACUCAAUAAAGAGUGUGAUCUAGAGGAAUGCGCGGGGAUAUUGGAUAAUCUACCCAAAGAGUUCAGCUUCAGGCAGUUUCACGCAAAACUCUGCGGUUAUUUCAGUACCAAAGCUGGGUGUCAGUAUGAGAAUGGGAGGUUGUUGGUUGGCAAGGAGAGCGAGCAUAUAGAGACGCAGAUCAGACUCCGGAGCCCUUUGAGGCGGCGCGAGAAGCUGCUGUCGUUGGGUACCAGUAAUAAGCGUGAAAGUGGAGAGCCUUCUUCUCCCACUGAGGAUAGACACACAUCAGGUUGUAGGCAGCUGGGAUCCUGCACCAGGGAGUGUUACGAGGAAAUCGUGGCCCUUGAGGAGGCCGAGGACAGGAUAGCCAAACUUGAGGAGGAAAAUGCGAGUCUCAGGGAAUUGGUGGAGGACAUGCGCGCGGCUCUUCAAAGCAGUGAUGCUCGAUCACUGGCCUUACAGGUGGGCCUGUGGAAAAGCCACUCGAAACAUAAACCAGAGGGUGGCUGUUUCAUCGCCCACCAAAGGCGAACAGCCCAGAAGCCCAGCAUUUCUGGGAACCUGAAGGACAUCCAGAGUUUCCUGAGAGAAGUUGAGCUCAUCCGGAAUUCCAGGGACGUGCAGAUCGAGGAGGCCAUGUUCUUCAACCAGAAGCUGGAGCAAGAACUGCGAGUAUCACGCGAGACAGUGCUGAUGCUGGAGGAAUGUAACAGGACUCUAAAGAAGGAGCAGGUGGAGAUGAGGAAGAGGGUGGAGGAAGCCAGACAAGCUGUGCUGAGUGGACUCAAGAAAGUGAAGGAGCUUGAGACCAAAGCCAGUCAUGUGCCUGUUCUGCAGAGGCACGUGGAGCAGCUAGAGAUGGAGCUUCUGUACUACAGAUCUGAAGUGUCUAAAACAUCCAUUUCAUUCAUCAGUAAACCGGACAGACGGUAUAAUGGGGCCAGUCAGACUGCGCCACGCUGUUGUCUAGACACAGAGCAGGAUCGGCGCUCACCGACGGGACGUGCAGAGACUGUGCCUGACACCAUGGAGGAGCAGCUUUUCCGUUCAGUGGAGGGUCAGGCAGCGUCUGAUGAAGAGGAAGAGAGAUGGACCGGAGAGCAGCAGAGACAAGUAGACGAGGUGAAGCGAAUCCUCACCAGACUGUCCUGCUGUGGAGACAGGUGUGAUGAGAAAGCAGUGAAGAAGUUGUUGUCUCAUUUCGGCGACUCUCGCACAGAAGAGAGUCAGACAGCCGUGCUAGAGCUGCUGGAGAGGGUCACGCGACUCAACAAACAACUAGAACUGAAGGAGAGUCAGGCCAGGAGGGUGGAGAUGGACACAGACCAGAUGAGGGAUGCCCUAGUCCAGGAGCUACAGCAGAAGGCUGAGGAGACGGAGCUGCUCCACCUGGAGCUGCAGAUGCUGGAGACGGAGCGGGUGCGUUUGUCUCUGGUGGAGGAGAAACUGAUGGAUGUGCUACAGCUUCUGCAGCAGCUGCGAGAGCUGAAUGUCUCGAGAAGAUCUUUAGGAAAGAUUUUACUCAGCACAUUGGAGUCCUGCAGUGAUCCUCAGCAUGGGAAAGCACAUAUCUUGGAGGUGCUCAACGCUUUGUAUCAUGAGCUGGCUGCGUGUGAGAUCCUCUCAAAUGGUGAGACGAUACAGAGAGCAGAGAGUCACCAGUCUCUCACCAACUCUCUGCUCAUCUCCUGCUAGACAUUACUGCCACCUGAUGGCCACAGGGUGCUACAGACUCUUCUGAAAGGAACUUUAACUGGCCAUGAUGGAAAAUGGGACCAAAAUUAGCCAUGUAUUUUUCUUUAUGUGUUUAUAUUUCUGUGUAUAGUUGUGUAAAUCAUUUAGCUUGUUAUCAUUUAUAAUGAAACAUGAUGUGACACAUUUUGAAGCAUUUAAAGCUAGAUUUUCCUUUUGCAAUAUAUUUGUCAUAUAUUGCUGGUCAGUAUUAUCUUAAAACGCAUGCACAUUAUUCAAUGGUGUUCAUUACAGCUUCAUGUGUCAUGUGGUACACAGGCACAGGAACACCUAGUUGAAAACCACUCAGGUAUAGACAGUGUUGGAGAAAGUUACUUUUAAAAAAUCCCUAAAAAAAAGUAACUAAUUGUGUUACUUAGUUACUUUUUAUGGAAAGUAAUGCAUUACUCCUCACUCUUCAACAAUAUAAACAAAAAAUGAAACACAAAUGAAUUCAUGAUUUCUCUCAACAUGCGGACAGGAGAGCUUUCAGUCAAUAAAUGGGAAAUCAAAGUAACUUGUGUUACUUAUUUGAAAAAGUAACUCCGAUAUUGUGUUGUAAAUUCAAAAGUAAUGCGUUACUUUACUAGUUACUUGAAAAAGUAAUCUAAUUACGUAACUCGUGUUACUUGUAAUGUGUUACCCCCAACACUGGGUAUAGACCAUGUAAUGCUCAUAAUAACAAUAAAGACUAGUUCAAGGGAAAACAUACUGGGUGCAUUUUACAAUUACAGAUGUUACACAACUUCCUCCAUAUCGCAAAUAUAGACUGCCCAGCUGUUAAGGACUGAACAUAUGCAUCUUUCACUGUUUCAAAAUACAGAAACAUUUGCAGCUCAAUUUAAUUGUUUCAACUGUCUUUAGCACUUCUGAGCAGUUUUGUUGCUCCUUAUGGACGAUUUUUAUUCAUGAUUUGCAUGAAACAAAAUAUAUAGCUAACUGUACGUCUCAUAAUUGUCAUUGUCUGUGCCUCUCUCUCAUCUUACAAAUAUUUGUUGCUAUUUUUGUUAAGCUACAGUAAAGAUUCCCGCUAGAUUUGUCAGAUGUGUACUGAAGGAAAUAUCCAAUGUUUUUUUUUUUCCCCUAGCUGAACUUUGUGAGGUUCACAUAAGGUACUGGAAAAUAUAUCAUCAGUGCUUAUAUGUCUAGAAAUUAAAAACAUAACACAUCAUAAUCAUUUCGUACAAUGAUUUAUACACACACAUGUUUUUCAAACAUUUCAAACAUACAUAGACAUACAUAUUUCAGUUUUGGUUUUUUUUUGGUUUCAAAACAUCUAAUAAAAAGUCUCAGUUUGUUUUUCUUUAAAUAAAGCUGAAAUAAUUAAAUCUAUAGCAUAAAAUCAAUAUAAAAAAGGUUGAGAAAAAACAUGCAAAGUAGAGCAUCACAAUCCUUUCAUCUGAGAUUUAACAGAAGGCAUACAGCUCGUAUGGUGACACAGGAGGAAAAAAACAAGUAUAAAUGUGAUUAUAAUUAUGUGCUAUAAUUGUUGAACUUCUAAUAAGUUGUCCUCUUAGAUGUUUUAAUUGUGCAAAAAAAGCAUUUUAUUCGCAUCUACUAAAGAUUAUGUGAGGCUGACUGCAGAAUACUGUAUGCCAAAAGAUGUUCUUCUGGCUCACACGUGUACAGUACAGAUCAAUGUGGCUUUUGACUACAGUUACCGUCAGGCAAUAUCUUUAUUCUACAAUGAGUUAAUGAGGAGUUAUUUUUACACAGGAGCCCAGAAAUAAACACAGGCUCAUAAAGGCUUCAGAAACCCUCUGAUAGUUCAAAUAAUUUUUAUAAUUACACCUUUGGAGCCAUUGGUCUCCUUACCGUUUUGUUUUGAGAACCACAGAAUGGGUCUAACAGGAAAUUUGAUGAGAAUUACGCUGCAUCUUGAUUAAUUACUUGGUUUAAAUAAGCACUUAAUUCUGAAGUAAGAUUGUACAAUCUUACACCAGCACCACUAAGGUCUGGUAAUUACUACAAGCAAACAGACAGGAAAAGCAAAUUAAUCCUAAAAAAAAAAAAAAGAAAAA